AUGCACCAAAACCCUUGGCUUACCCACAACCGUACACCCCAGUCAUCCACUUGGCUCUACCCACAAACCUACACCCAACAGUCAUCCACAUGGCCUCUACCACAAACUUUACACCACAGUCAUCCACUUGUCUCUACCCGCAACCUUCACACCCACAGUCAUCCACCUUGGCCUAUACCACAACCUUACACUCACAGUCAUUCCACUUGGCCUCUUUACCCACUACCUUAUUACCGACAGUCAUUCACUUGGCCUCUAACCACAACCUUACAACCACAGUCAUCCACUUGGCCUCUACCCACUACCUUAUACCGACAGUCAUUCCACUUGGACCAUUAUACCCGACAGGUCAUUCCCACUGGACUCCUACCCACAACCUUACACCACAGUUCAUCCACUUGGCCUCCCAACCCAAACUACUAUACGGACAUCAUCACUUGGCCUCCUUACCACAACCUUCCCUUACUCACAGUCAUCCACUUGGCCUACCCACAACCUUACACCCUAGUCAUCCAACUUGGCUCCUACCCACAACUUACCCACAGUCAUGCACCUGGCCUUUACCCACAACCUUACAGCACAGUCAUCCACUUGGCCUCCUGCCCACAACUUACACCCCCAGUCAUACACUUGGACUCACCAAACCUUUUACAACUCAUAGUUCAAUCCACUUGGCCCAUCUACCCACAAACCUACACCCCAACAGGUUCAAUCCACUUGGCCUCCUCUGCCCACAAACUUACACCUCCCACCGAUCAGCCACUUACCUUGGCCCUACCCACAACCUUACAAACUCACAGUCUCCACUUGGCCUCUACCACAACCUUACACCCACAGUCAUCACUUGGCCUCUACCCUACCUAUAGCGACAGUCAUCCACUUGGCCUCUACCCACACCUUACACCCACACAGUCAUUUCCACCUGGCCUCUAUCCACAACCUUUUACACCCUCAGUAUCACUUGGCCUCCUCCCACAAACCUUACACACCGUCAUCCACUUGGCCUCUACCCACAACUUACACCCCACAGUCAUCACCUGGCCUCUACCCACAACUUUACACCACAAGUCAUCCACUUGGGUCUCUACCGCAACCUGA